CCCAUUAUUUAUAUGAGUGACACCGCACACUCGCACAUCCCUAGGCAGCGAUGCGAUUGAGGUUGCUGCAGCUGCAGCGGUCGCUGGAAGCGUCAGCUGCUGGACCGUUUCUCAGGCUUGCUCCGUAUGCAGCGGUGGUGGUGACCCUGAAGUUGUAUGCAGUCUCGCUGCUGCUGUCGUCAGGACUCAUAGGUCGGCACGCGCCUGUCUCGAGUGGUGAUGACACAGCGGAUCUUCACAACACUGCCCCACUCCGCAUCAAUAAUAUCCAUGAUAUUCCAAUUAAGAUGGAUUCAACUCAAAAGUUGACCACAGAGGAGCCUUACUGGCAUGAAAAGCAAGAGGUCCUACAGCACCUGAUGACCCGCGCGAUCGCGCCGUCGUCGCGGAACAAUACCAUGCCCGAACAAAUGUGGCUGUUCUUUAACCGCAUUCCGCGCAGUGGCGGGAAGACGUUGGUAGCCUUGUUGCAGGCGCUUGGAUCUGAUCUCGAUUAUCAGCAUCAGGAGCACGUGUACAGAACACCGUGGCAGAGGUUCAUGACCAAAGAUGAGCAACGGAACCUAGCCAUUUGGUUCGAGUACAACUUCUGGCCGAAGACAUACGACAGACUUGCGUUGUACAUAAACUUCACAGAAUUUAAAAGUCCAUACGUGCAACAGCGACCCGCGAGCAUCACGCUGCUGCGCGACCCUGUACAGCAGUUCAUCUCUCAGUACCAUCAUCGCCGCACGCACCGCGAUACUUCCAAAAAAUACAUGGCAGCUCUGGACGGCAAAAACCCGGGAGCAGGUCGAAGAUGGUACUGGCAAGAACUGGAUGACUGCAUUCUUCACGAGGCCGCAGAAUGCGCCUUGAUGGAAGGGGAGGUCGACUUCGAACGCUCAGUGCCCUUCUUGUGUGGCCAACACGACUUCUGCGUUAAGCGCGGCAACAAGAAGGCCCUGCAGCGUGCUAAGUACACUGCGGAGUACGAGUACUCGGUGGUGGGAGUGCUCGAGGAAUGGAACGCCACGCUUGCUGUGCUGCAGCAUUACCUUCCAGCCUUCUUCCAAGGCGCUUUACAGCGCUACUGGAGUCCCGAGUUCGAAGAAGACAGGAACGUUAACCGACUGCCCAAACGGACGAAGCCGCUCUCAACGCAGGCGUUGCAUGUUCUUCGGUCCAAACUUGCUGACGAGUUGGAGCUUUACGAGUUCUGCAAGCAGAGACUCGCCCUGCAGCACCGCAAGGUUCUGCCACUUCUGAAGUUUACUUCUGAGCUUCCACCAAUCAAAGGACCUAAGAAAGAGAUGAGCGUAUGGGACAGAUUCAACAUAGAGCUUAAUUACUGAAGACACAACUGUUCGUAGCAGAUUUUAGGUCAGGAAAAAUACGUUCGAGAAAUAAGGUGAGAUAACCUUUGCGCAAACCUGUAACGCGUACAAUCAAUUCAUAACUCUCGUCAUAAAAUCUUGCGGAUAUUUUAGAUUCUUCAUGAACAGGUCAAAGAUUGGAUUAGUUUAUUGUAUUGUGCGAAUUACAUUGCAGCAUAUGUGAUAUCUUGGUCAUGAUUAAACGAACCUAUAGGUAAUGAAAAAAAUUUCAAUUUACUGGACAAAGUACCAAAAAAUAAUUUUAAAUUUAUGCGCUGAAUUGUUUAAGCUUACAAAAACUUAAUACAAGCAAUGCUGUCAACAAAAAAUUAUUUUCCUUGGUCGUCAAAAGUCGGAUUUCAUGAAUGCAAAUUGUCAAGUGAAUCUUUAUUAGAAGAUCAAUGGGAUUUAUAGGGUGAACUCCUCAUUCCGAGGAUGAGUUUAACAAAAAGAACAUUUAAAAUCGAAAGAUGUACCUACAGAGUCGGCUUUAGAAGCAAACAAAAUUAUUAUAAUUAGCACAGUGAAUGUUAGCCGGCUUUAGGUCAACAAGAAAAAAAAAUCAGAGAAUACGAAGUAACAGAUUAUCGAAAUAAAAAAUUUCAGUUAUUUUAUAGGUCAUAUCACACGUCAUUACCGCUCAUGUGAACAAAAUGUUACGUAUGGUCUUCAGGGAUCUUAAGCAUAAAUCCUGUGAUGUUCCAAAGCACCUUAAGAUGAAGAUAUUUCACAAUCAACUUCCUUCGUAUUAGUCACUGAAGAAGGACAUUCAAAGAAUCAAAAUGCCUCAAAUAUGAAAGCGUAUAAAUAAAUGUACAGUUGUAAGCAUUACUACCAUCAGUUCAACCGUGGUAAAAAUUUUGAGAUCGCAAAUUUUAUGAAAUUGAAUAGGUACUAGACGUAUUCAAUUAAUGUCGAAUGGUACAUGAUGAAUCGACAGCAUCUCAAUGAACAACGCGAUUAAAAAUUUACACCUUGAUAGACACAAUGUAAAACGCCAGCGCAUUGUUUAUCAGAUGAAGCAUGAGUUGGAACUCGAACAAGGUUAGAUGAUUUCGCAUUCAAGAAACCAUCGAGCUAUUGCGACGUGAGAACCACCAACAACCACUAAGUUUGUAACAGA